UGCCAGCUAAUAUGGAUAACACACCGACAGCACUGUUCGAGUCCUAUGAGAGGGACUUCAACGAUAUCACCGGCAGCAUAAAGAAUAAGCUUGAGGAGAGCUCAGGAGAGGCAGGUGUUGCAUCGAAUAUCGAGAGCAGGAAGGCGGCGCUCAGAAGGGUCGAGAUGGAGCUUGAUGAGGGGGACGAGAUGGUCAGCCAGAUGGAAGUCGAGAUACAGGGAAUGCCACAGAGCAUUCGGAGCAAGUACGUUACGAGACUCAAAGCUGGCAAGACGGAGCUCGCAAAGCUGAAGAAGCAGGCUAAGGAUCUGUCGACACAAACGAUGCGCGCGCAGCUCAUUCCCGCCUCGCUUUCCGGCGCACCGUCGGAUGACCCCUAUGGGUCAAACGACCAGCGCACGCGCCUUCUGAGUGGGACAGAACGGCUCGCAGAUGGGCAACAACGGUUGGAAGAGAGUAGGCGUAUCGCGCUCGAGACGGAGGACGUGGGAGCCGACAUCCUCCGCAACCUGCGUGGUCAGAGGGAGCAGAUCGAGCAUGCGAGGGAUACCCUGCACACAGCGGACCGGUCAAUUGACAAGGCUGCCAGUACGCUGAGGACGAUGAUCAGGCGGAUGUACCAGCAACGUUUCACGAUCGCUGCCAUCAUUGCCGUUCUGAUCAUCCUUAUUAUUUUGAUUCUUUAUUUCAAGCUUCGAUGAUUCCCGGCCCCUUUUGCGGACUUUUUUCCUGUACAUGUACACUACACAUAUAUG